CAGACAUGGCCCCAGCAGGAAGAGCUUCGAGACAGCGGGUUUUCGUCGGUGCUGCGGUGCUGACGGCAGCUUUUAUGCUUCUGGUAACUAUCCGACUGAAGCGACAGAGCGGUGAUGACGUCAUGAGCUCUCGAGAAAUUAUGAAUGCCAUAAAGAAUGCUGUAAAUUAUGCAGUUGAUAACAGUUUUAUUUCCACAGCGAACGACGGAAAAAUUGCGGUUAAGUGGGACCCAAACGGUAGGACUUAUCGACUGUGGAAAGACAGUUCUUCUGCUAAUUGCUCUCAGUACCAAACCAGAUUUGCCUUGGGAUUGCCGAGGACGUACCUGGUCUCCUUUCCCGGUUCUGGCAACACCUGGACGAGGUAUCUGCUGGAGGCUGCGUCGGGGAUCUUCACUGGCGCUGUCUACAACGAUAAAGUGCUCAGACAAUCUGGCUACCUCGGGGAAGCCGACGCCCCGACAGCGGCCGAACCCUCGUCCAGAAGACCCACGGCAAGGCCUUCUACAGGAGGAGAAGCACCAUGAAGGAGCGAUACGAGGUGAUAAGGGCGGAUCUUCCUUGCAUCCUUAUCAUCAGGAACCCGGCGAGAGCUUUAAUAGCCUAUUGGAAGUUCAUUCAGAUCCACACGAGAGACAGACAGAUAGCACAGUUGGAUGAAAAAAAAUUCAAGA